AUGUUAUUAUCACGGUCCGUUAGUGGUCAGCCAAAGAAAUGCGUGAAUAUCACAUUCGCUUGGAAGAACGGACGUAAUAAGACCGUAUACGCGAAAAUUGGCGACAAUUUAUUGGACGUUGUGUUAGAUAAUGACGUUGAUAUUGAUGGGUUCGGCGCUUGUGAAGGUACACUAGCAUGCUCAACCUGCCACCUCAUCUUUGCCAAGGAAGAUUUUGAUAAUUUACGUGAUCCAUUAACGGAAGAAGAACAGGAUAUGCUGGAUUUAGCCUAUGGCUUGACCGACACAUCACGAUUAGGUUGUCAGGUCAAAGUCAAUGAGGACAUGGAUGGUAUAGUUGUGAACGUUCCAGAGUCAAUAUACGAUGCACGCGCUUGUGAAGGUACACUAGCAUGCUCAACCUGCCACCUCAUCUUUGCCAAGGAAGAUUUUGAUAAUUUACGUGAUCCAUUAACGGAAGAAGAACAGGAUAUGCUGGAUUUAGCCUAUGGCUUGACCGACACAUCACGAUUAGGUUGUCAGAGUCAAUAUACGAUGCACGUGCGUAGGAUAAUAUUGAUAUUCGUUGUUCAACGUCGAAUUCUAUCGAACAACUCUUUAGAAUCUAGUCUUUGA